UCAAGACUUCCCGUGGUGCUGAAUCUCCGGGAUGUCUAAAUUUCUGCAAAGCGGGUGACGGACGGUGAACCCCACCCUGUCACAAGGUUAAACCUUGUCCGUUUUGGACGGAGUACUGGAACAACCGUGUGGUUACUGUCCGUCAGUCAAACUCCAGCCCCUAAAAUGGAACCGUUGUGAACCUGAAAUCUCAUUCACUGAACUAUUGCUGGAGUUUUCUUUUAAAAGAUCGUGUCACCUUUUCAGAUUGCCUCGCUCCACUUUUCUGAUUCUCAGUUGCCUGUGGGGAUCGGAACAGUAGUUGGGAACCAAGGUGACUGAUGUCCUACGUGGACAUCUCCCAAGAUGCUCUUUGUCCGGUAAAUUCAGCCUUGCAUAUUUGGCCAGGACAUCUCUUUACACUUCUGAAACUCCUUUCCCCUCCAAAUGCAGGAUCAUCGAUGUUUUGCCAUACUGAGACUCUGUGCAAAGUGAGAAGGAUUGUACUGUAUGCUGUGAGCUUGUGAUAUUACUCAGUGAAUCCAGUCAGAAACCUGCGUCCUGCUGGAAAGUUCCUCAGCGCCAGAUGGCUACCUCCACUGGUUAUUUUCACGAGACUGCCACAGAUUGAUGCAGGAUGGAUUGCCACCUUGUCGUCAGAAACCCUGCAGUGUGGAAGCAGGCCAUUCAGCCCAUUGAGUCGACACAGACCCUCUGAAGAGCCUCCCACACAGACAGUCCCCCCCCCCUCCCCCACCCUGUCUCUGUAACCCUGCAUUUCCCAUUGCUAACUCACCUAUCCUGCACAUCCCGGAACACUAUGAGCAAUUUAGCAAGGCCAAUCCACCCAAACCUGCGCAUCUUUGGAUUGUGGGAGGAAACUGGAGCACCCGGAAGAAACCCAUGCAGAGAUGGGGGAGAAUGUGCAAACUCCAUACAGCCAGUCGCCCCAGGGUGGAAUCGAAUCCAGGCCCCUGGCACUGUGAGGAAGCUGUACUAACCACUGUGCCACUGUGGCUCACCCUAGUGCUUCUUAUCUCUAAUACUUGGCACAUGCCAAUUAAUAGACCCAAUCUGAUUUCCUCUUCCCACUGAAUGCUUCUCUGCAUAGUCACCCAAACCUGACCUUAACCUAAAGGGACACCAUCUGCUCAUGUGGUACCAUCUUCAUUUCUGCUCCCUUGCAGUGGGACAGUCCCAGCUCCUUGCUACCUCAUAGUGGUGCAGUCCCAGCCCCUUGCCUCCUCAUGGUGGUACAAUCCCAAUUCAUGACCCCUCACAGUGGUACAGUCUCAGCCCUUUUGCUGUGGUAUAGUUCUAGCUGUUUGCCCCUUCAUGGCAGUUCAGUCCCAGCCCCUUGCCUCAUCGUGGUGGUACCCACCCACCCAGCCUCUUGCCCGCUCAUAGUCUGUCCAUCCUUGCCUACUUGCAUGAUGUGGAAUGUUGAUGUCUUGUCUGAAGCUCAGAAAAAUGAAGGUCUCUGAUUUCUUGACACUCUUCUGCCUAUUGUUAGAGAAUAUACCAGAUUCUAAAAGAAUCAGCACAGGAGGAAUCCACUGAACCUAAGUGAUCAGUGCUGGUGCCUCACUAUCAUAUGUGGAGAGAUUGGAGUGACUGGGCUUGUAUACACUUGAGUUUAGAAGGAUGAGAGGGGAUCUGAUUGAGACGUAUAAGAUAAUUAAAGAAUUGGACACUCUGGAGGCAGGAAGCAUGUUUCCGCUGAUGGGGGAGUCCAGAACCAGAGGACACAGUUUAAAAAUAAGGGGUAGGCCAUUUAGAACAGAGUUGAGGAGUAACUUCUUCACCCAGAGAGUGGUGAAUGCUCUGCCCCAGAAGGCAGUGGAGGCCAAGUCUCUGGAUACUUUCAAGAAAGAGAUGGAUAGAGCUCUUAAGGAUAGUGGAAUCAAGGGUUAUGGGGAUAAGGCAGGGACAGGAUACUGAUUGUGGAUGAUCAGCCAUGAUCAUAAUGAAUGGUAGUGCUGGCUCGAAGGGCCAAAUGGUCGACUCCUGCACUUAUUGUCUAUUGUCUCACCCCACCAAUCUGUCCUCUCUCCCUUGUGUUUCUAAGGUUCCCUUAUAGUCAUCUGUAAUAGUUGUUUCAAUCGUAAUGUGGUUGUGCGUCCCACAUUCUCACUGUGUCUCAGUGCAGUCACUUCUGAUUUUUAUUCCCCUCGCAUUUACCUUAUCUGUCUUAGUUUUAUGGUCUGUCCCUCCUGUCAGGCUGUCCUUCAAACCUACCUUUUUGACCAAAGCUUUUGACUGCCCGGCCUAACAUCUCCAUACGCAUUUCGCGUGUCAGAGUUUGUCUCAUGCAGUGUGCCUUGGAAUGUUGCACAGUUGAAGGUGCUAUUUCUAUAAGUGCAUACCACUACGAGAGGUUUUGAAAACUCUUGCUUCUGUUUGUUUGAAUAUGGUACAUGGCUGGUAUGUCCCUGAUCACCUUUGGACUCUAAAUAACUUCUGCAGGAUGGUGGCAAUAGAAGCUGAAUUUCCCAACUCUCACUAAGGGUUGAACAAUAGUUCAAGUCGGAUUGAAGAUAAUGUGGUGAAGAUAAAGGCAGCUUUCACACUGUGACUGAUCAGAAAUCCUCUAUCAGACUACCAAACAAAACAACUAGGAAGGCAAGGGGGUUCUGAAAGGGGCGAUACUACUGAAGCGGAGCAAAGAAGUGGGCACCAGGAAGGAUGAGCAAGAGGGACUGUUCCACAGUUUAUAGAAUCCUGGAAGGUGACUACCAAUGCAAAAAAUAUUUCCAGAGUUCCAGAAUUUCUGACCUGGCGACGCUGAAGGAACAGCGAUACAUUUCCAAAUCAGGAUGCCAGCAGAACAGGAGCUAACCAGGAGGAGAAGCGCACACGUUGACAACCAGGAAGCCGUACCAGCAGAGGCGGUGUGUGGUACCGUGGCCAGCGGCAUUGAGGGCAGGUUCGACAGGUUACAGAAGGAGUGUGGCAAGAUGCGCGAGUGUCUGUCACUCCACAUUGGCCAGGCCGGUGUGCAGCUCGGGAAUGCCUGCUGGGAACUGUACUGCCUGGAGCAUCGGAUCAAGCCGGAUGGUAAAAUGCGCACUUCGAAGUCCCGCAAAGCCCAAGACAACUCCUUCAGCACCUUCUUCAGUGAGACUGGGGCAGGAAAACAUGUUCCCCGGGCCAUGUUCAUCGAUCUGGAGCCCACAGUGAUUGAUGAGGUCCGCACUGGCACCUAUCGGCAGCUCUUUCAUCCUGAGCAGCUCAUCACUGGCAAGGAGGAUGCAGCUAAUAACUACGCCCGGGGUCACUGCUCCAUUGGGAAGGAGAUUGUGGAUCUGGUCUUGGAUCGAAUACGAAAAAUGGCUGAUCUGUGCACGGGCCUGCAGGGAUUCCUCAUCUUCCACAGCUUCGGGGGUGGCACUGGUUCAGGUUUCACUUCCCUCCUAAUGGAGAGACUCUCCGUCGACUACGGCAAGAAAGCCAAGCUGGAGUUCUCCGUCUACCCCGCUCCCCAGAUCUCCACCGCAGUGGUCGAACCGUACAAUGCAGUGCUGGUCACCCACUGCACCCUUGAGCACUCUGACUGUGCCUUCUUGGUGGACAACGAAGCCAUCUAUGACAUCUGCCAGCGCAGCCUUGGGGUCGAGAGCCCGAGCUACACCAACCUCAACCGCCUGGUGGCACAGAUUGUCUCGUCCAUCACGGCGUCCCUGCGGUUCGAGGGCGCCGUCAACGUGGACCUGACAGAGUUCCAGACCAACCUGGUGCCCUACCCACGCAUCCACUUCCCUCUGGCCACCUACGCGCCACUGAUGUCGAAGGAGGAGAACAGACACACCCAGCACUCCACGCUGAAGAUCACCAAGGCCUGCUUCAAGCCGGGCAACCAGAUGGUCAAGUGCGAUCCCCACACCGGCAAGUACAUGGCCUGCUGCAUGCUGUACCGAGGGGAUGUGCCAAUAAAAGAGGUCAACACUGCCAUCGCCACCAUCAAGAGCAUGCGCGCUGUCAGCUUUGUGGAUUGGUGCCCAACUGGAUUCAAGAUUGGGAUCAACCACCAGGCUCCAACACUGGUGCCAGGGACUGACCUGCCCAGGCUGACCCGUGCCGUCUGUAUGCUGAGCAACACCACUGCCAUCUCUUCAGCUUGGACUCGCCUGAACAUGAAGUUCGACAAGCUGUACGCCAAGCGGGCCUUUGUGCAUUGGUACGUGGGAGAAGGUCUGGAGGAAGGGGAGUUCCAGGACUCACGGGAGGACAUGGCCUCACUCGAGAGGGAUUACGAAGAGGUGGGAUAUGAUUCCAGCUACCUCAACGACCUGACGGAGAGGGCAGAGUAAGACAAGAAAGGACAUUGACCACAGGAAGAAGGUUGAUGUCUGGAAUCAACCUCCGUGCUACCAAAUCCGCAGACAUGCUAGACUACCUCAUGGCAUUAUUGAGGUGUCUUCGGAUCGACAAACCUAUCUAUGUCGGAGGUCACCGCUAUGUUGAACAUGUGAACUCCCCACCCCCCCAGCACAAGGAACUCAGUCUCAGGGAAAUGUUCCUUUUCCAUAUCUCAGGAUCAUCCAGAAAGUUGCCACCCCACCACUGGAAGUUUUUCCUUUUUUUUUGUUGUUUGGGCGUAGGUCGUUUUUCUGCAUAACAAGACCCCUCGCACAGAAAGGUAGUGAAUGGGAGGCCCCUCUGCUUUCCUUGUUUGGUCUGGGAUUGAGAAGAAUUAAUAUUUGGUUCCUUGGAUACCGAAUCCCUUCUCCCUACCACUGCUAGUGAGCCAUGAGCUUGCUGUUCUUCUGUUGGAUCUUCAACACGUUCCUGAGUGGGUGUUGGGGACCCUUAUUAAAAAUGUCAUCUGUGAGCUGGCUCCCUCCCAUUAGAUGGCACAUUUCCUACACCCCCUCUUGCACCUCCCCAUCCCCACACCUAGCACAUGCACCCUGCCCCCCCAGUGGAGAGGUAGGUGUCCAUUGUGAUGGGAUGUGUUUGUGUGCAUUAUACCCCUCAAUCCUUUUGGACCAGGAGGAAGAAGCAGCCGUGUAACAAUGUGCAUAUUAACUCCUCAAUCAAUGUCAGAAGGAGCAGAUGAGCUGCCCCUUUCUCGCAAAGCUGUUUGAGGGUUCUUGCAGUGGAAACACUUCCUUAAAUUAUGACGGCGAAUGAAGUGACCUGGGGUAUGUGGAGAGGUUCGGAAAGGCGCUACCCAAGUGGAAGCCUUCCUUGUGUUGCUUUGUCUCAUUGUGCGUGCUUUAAAGUUCUAUGCAUUUGUUGGUCGACAAA